AGCUUGUGGAGUGUUCGUCGUGUCGCUGUGCGCGAAUUUAUCACGAUAAAAAUUACAUACUAGCGAGCAACGGGUCUACUAUUUCGAUCGACUACAGCAAAAAUUGAACGUUUUAUUUCAACGUAAUAAUCGCAGCUAUUAAAGUGAAGUAAAGUCGUCGCGCUACCGAAGAAAUGACUACUUUUUGAGUAUCUUUGUUGAAUAAUCGCGAGUUUAGUGAAUCGCUCCGGUGCAGAGGUCCUAUUUUACGUGAAGAUCCUUGGGAAAAAUCGUGGGUGCCAAAAUAGCGGCGGUGAGGUGAAAUCCCCUCACUAAAUAAUAGUAGAAUUAUGCAUUUUUAGUGCUGUCUGAAAAAAAAAACAGUGAAAUCUUAUUAUAUUUGGCUUAUUGGGAAUUGUUUUAUUAGACAGCAGAAACAAAUGCAGUGAGUUGAAGAAAAAUGCAAAAACGGUGAUGAAAAUCAACUUCGAUAGCAGGCAAAGCUGGAAAAUAAUUUUCCCAAGGAAAAAUGUGGAAAAGCCAGCGUAUAACCGGAAUGAAGAUUUUAUUGUGACCACAAUCAUCAUAUUAUGUGAUUUGGUAUGAUUUUUUUUUGAAUAAAAAUGGUUUGAGGGGAACGACAGGCACUUUGCCCAAAUGCGACUAACAACGAAAAAAGUGGAAAGUUUUCCGAAAUAAGAAGCUCUACAGCAUACGGAUUCAUUAAUUUAUGUUCUGUAUAAAUAACGGUUUCUAGCGGCUUCAUCGAAGAUUAAUCGCUAUGCACAUCAUAUCCAUAGAAGACCGAAGGAAAUUCUCAUACAGGUCUAGUGGCGAAAUCAUCAUCAACCCAAGGAAGAGCAACAAUACCGGUCCCAACCGAGCCGACAUGGCCUGUCGGGUCGGUGUCUAAUUCCUGAGCGGAAGUUUAGAACAUGGCCAGUCAGUGUGCAGCAAUGUUACCCAUCUGCGAAAAUGACACCGAUUGGACAAAUCGAGUAGUGCAUCGUCGAGAAGGAAUUUUAAGAAGUGUUGCAGCCUCUAAUAACAAUAAAAAGUGCUUUAACUGUGACGGACAGGAUAACCUGGAAAGGCUCGUAACAAGUGAUAGUGCGACCGGAAAAAGACCGUCGGGAGGGCUCCACAUAAAGUAUGCUGAAACCAAUCAAGAAUUUGCUGACCUAUUUGCAGAAGAAUGCUAAUAGUUCAACAAUCUUUGGAUUAAACAACGGCAUGGGUCCAAUCGAGGAACCAACGUUGCACGAAGCUCCCGACAUGAUGUCAUCAGAGGAGCUAAACUGCGAGGAUCCCCUGUACGAUCCGCUCGCGUUGGACGAAUGUGAUAACGAUGUGCUAAAUGUUAGCAAUGUUAGUGCUACUACGACCGGAACGGUCAGCAGCGAGCUAGACAGUUCGACCGGUCAAAUUAUUCUAGUGGAUGUGACAACUCUGAAGAGCCCCGGUGCACAUGAGGACGAUGACGGUGGUGGGCGCGAAAGUCAAAUAUGUAGUGCUGUGGGACUUGAACCUGUGAAUACUAGUGUGAAUGUACUUGACGAGAGUGCGCUAUCGCUGGAAAACGACGACGAACCAAAUGAGACCAAGUCUACCAACCUGGACGAUGAUAGUUUUAAGACGGCUUCGUGCGGGGAUACCCCAAAUAUAUCGAUCAAUGGUUCCACCAUGGAACCGUACGUCGACACGCGACAUACCAAUGGUGUGCCGGAAGUGACCGACGGGGGUGGUGCCGCGACUCGAGGGAAUGAAGAAGAGGAAGCUAGUGAUGGUUCCGAUUCGGGUCUGGGCUCAGAACCGUCCCGGAAUCUGUCGACACUGGAGAAGGAAAUAACGGAGCUUCCACCAGUGAAAAGUAAUCUCAAACGGCGUUCCGCAGAGGAGACGACGGGAGCGACCACAGAAAAGCGACCAAAGAAGGGCAUCACGUUCGAUGGGGUGACCGUCUACUACUUCACGCGGAUGCAGGGUUUUGGCUGUGUGCCGUCACAGGGCGGCUGUACCCUGGGAAUGGAGUUUCAACAUGUGCACUCGAAGCGGUUCACUCUUGCAGAACAUGCGGCAGAACAGCGCAAAGUACACCGAGCUCAGUUGCAGGAACUCAACCCGCGGUCUAGCUCGAGCGAAGAAACCGACAGUGAUGAGGAACCAUCGGAGAGCGGAUCCGAGGCGGAAAGCGAGUCCUACGGUUUCCUACAGCCAGUCACUACCAGACAGAGGCGAGCAUUGCUGAAGGCAGCUGGGGUGCGCAAAAUUGAUUCCACGGAAAAGGACGAAUGCCGGCUGAUAAGGACCUCCCGAGAGGUGUGCGGAUGCACCUGCCGAGGAUACUGUGAUCCGGAUACGUGUUCCUGUAGUCAGGCGGGCAUCAAAUGUCAGGUAGAUCGGCCAAGCUUCCCCUGUGGUUGUACGCAGGACGGAUGUGCCAAUGUGGUCGGACGGGUUGAAUUCAAUCCUGCUCGUGUGCGGACACAUUUCAUCCACACGAUCAUGCGGUUGAAUCUAGACCACAAAACAAGUAGCGAAGAACAUAGUGGGAUGGGAAUGCAUUCGGCGGGCGGUUAUGGAAAUAGCAAGGACUGGUCUAGCGGACCAGUACGAUUACCCGGAUUAUAUGGAAUGGUAGGUGUCAAUGGAGCUGACAGUGUUGACAACUACCACCACCAUCAUCUUCACCAUAAUCUCCAGCAACAUCAAUAUGGAGUUAGUCAUAAUUAUUUAGGCAAUCAUCCGAUUUCUCCCGGAGUCGUUCACCAGGCCAAUGAUUCAUUGGAUCUGCACUACGCUUUCCGAGAUUACUAUGGUGCCAAUCAGCAGCCUAGUGAUCAGCUAGCUAUGUCAAAUCCGCUGAUGGCGCCAUACUAUGGAAACUAUCCGACAGCUAUGGACCAACAAUAUCAUCAACCUCACCACUCUGGCCUGGUCCUUGACCAAAGGCAACCCGACUCACAUUCCCCAUACCACAGUCAGAUGGAAACCACUCCAAGUAGUUCAGUGAUCCUGGACGAAGACACUACGCUUAACACUCCUAUAAAUCCAAACUUUGGUUGCGACGAACAGAGUUCUCCAUCUGAAACUCUACUCCCAAGUACCUCCACCAGUACAUUCGUGGAUCAGCAUCAUGACACCCAAACGUCAUGUUCUUCCAAUGAACCAAAUCCGCCGCCGGCGGAAGACCCGUUGGAAUCUUCUUCCAAAUCAAGUCCACCGUGCGGCGACUUCAUUGACCUUAAUACCCCUCUUGCCUCCAACAGUGACCGGCUGGAGGCUAUAAAUGACCUUCUAGCCAGCAGUCGUCACCAGAUCACAAUGGCCCGACGAUCGAUCAUCGCAGAGGAAGACGACGAGCUUAGCGACUUCAGGGACCCGCCGGUCAUUCCCGUGUCUAGCGUAGUAGACAGUUCAGAGCCGUGUACUACCGAAGAUGAUACUCAAGACGAAACACCCAACGGUGAUUGUCCCGAAAAGGUUGAAUUGCCAUUGAAUAAUGGCAACGUUAAUUCCAAUGUAUGUAACGGACCUAUCAUCGAAACAAGCGAAAACUUAAGCGAAAUCAUCAAGAAUAGUAUUGUUGAAACUGUGUCUAAUUAAUUGUAGAAAGCAUUUUUCUCUGCGAGAUGUGCUAAACUAUUUUGCUAUUUUUGCUAGCAAGUAACUGCACUGUUUUUUUUUCAUUCUUGCAUCAGGUUUUGUUUAUGUUUCCUUGAACGUUCCGAAUAUAUUCAAAGUUGUUAACCACUUUCCGUUUUAUUAUUUUUACUAUGUUCAUCUUUUACUAACGUUCUGUUUUAAUUUUUAUGAUUUGCCUUAACUUUCAUUGUUCGAUGACUUUAAUCCUCAAAGAAAUAAAAAAAAUGUAUAGUUUCUACCGAUUAGGUGUAAAAUAGUAAAACAUUCAAAACAAAAUCGAUUCUUGUAAUGGAAAUAGAAUGUAAUUUCUAUUUAAAGCUGUUUUCUUGUGUAGAGGAGAGAAUCAAAAAUUGAACAUACGUUAAUAAAUAUACAAACACAACUGGUUAGUUAAAUAAAAAAUCCGAUUUGAUAAUCCCCCAUCAGAUGCCGGAAACGAUCAAAUAAUUUCUUAUUGUAGGCUAAAAAUGUAGGUUGAAAUACUCCGCAUAACAGGUUAUAAAAAAGAAUAUUAGAAAUCCAAUAGUUAUUUGUAGUCACCAAGAUACAUUUUUACCAGCUGAUAAGAGUAUGUUUAAAAACACUAAUCGCGGAAACAUAUUUCAAUAGAAAGUUAUGCAAACCAGCGAACGGUAAAAACUAAGGCAAACAUCGCCAUACUUCAUUGUAUAUAAGUUGCACGCAAAGCUGCUAACACCUUAAACCAUUGGAAUACCUACAUAACAACAUUAUGUAAAAUGUGAAGCAAAAUAUUGGAUAUCAAUUAUCGAAAUAAUAACAAUUAAACACAUA